AUGACCGCCACUGAGACGCGGAUCCCAUUCCGACCACUCUCCGAGCGAUCGCCGACUUUUGGCAACGACCCGAACCGGCGGAGCGUGCCCGCCAGGAAACCGCAGAUUGUCAACGAGGUCCACCCUGGCACGUCAAUCCCGCGCCGCGACGAACGCAUCCGCUCCGUGGGCAGCUCUUUCGAGGAGAUCCGCGAGAGCAGCGAGGAGGCCGAGCUUGAUGAGACCCCGGCCACCAGCCAAUCGGCCCGCUCACCGUACGCGAUGCCGAUCAUCGACCUGGCCUUCAGGCGGAGCUUAUCGUUGCUGCACCAACAGUCAAUGUCGCCCAGGGGAACCCGCCGCCUUGGCGCGGGCUGCUUGCAGCGCGGCCUCUCCGAGCCGAUGCUCCCCAGGCGCAAGUCCUCCUUCGGCGAGUACUCCAGCUCCUUGGGCGUCGACACCCUCAGCCUGGCGCCGAUCCCGGAAAGCGUGACCCCAUCUUCACCUAACACCCAGACCGACGUCUUCAAGCAGGAUAAGGAGCCCGGCAAAUGC